AAGACUUUUAUUUCGAAGGUCGCAACAGGAAGCCAGUGACGCUGUGUCGUGAGGUUAGCAGACGAUGCUAACAGUUCAACAGUUAGUCCCGUUAGAUGAGUGACGUGCUGCUACACCGCCGGCUUGUUUUACAUUAACGGCCCGUAGACACGCUUUAAACUGAUAAAACGUUUGACUCUGAUAAACGGCGAAGUUUAAAAUAUUAUUUCUGUAUCGGCGAACGUUAGCUUCCUAGCUAGCUAGCGUUAGCAAUCGGUUGCCUGACAACAGAGAGGAAGCCAAACAAACUAGCUAGCUAGCUAGCACAAGCUAGCUGGUUGGCGGUUGGAGCCUGGGAACUGGUUUGGUGUCAUUAUAUUUAAACGUUGAGAUAAAUGAAAUAAAGCAGAUAAUGGCGGAUGACGGUAGACGAGGGGAUGAAGAUGACCGCGGUCCCGGAGCAGCUCAUCAGGUGUUCGUGGUGAUGGAGUGUCUGCUGGAGAAGCUGAAGGUGUUAAACUUUGAGGAGGAAGUUCUGGCAAAACACAACAUGAAGAAUCUGUCCAGACAUUACUUUGUCUCCAGUCCAUAUCUGGCGUCCAACCCAGGCGAGCAGUUCUACAUGUUCACCAUCAUCGCAGCGUGGCUCAUAAACAUGGCAGGCAGGCCGUUCACGGAGCCUCAGGAGUACGAUGAGCCCAACGCCACCGUGUCCAACAUCCUGGCAGAGCUCAGGUCUUUUGGUGUGAAAGUGGACUUCCCGCCCUCCAAACUGAAAUCCGGUUCAGGUGAAUACGUCUGUUUCGUGUUGGACCGACUGGCUGAGGAGGUUCUUAGGAGGAGGGGCUUCUCCUUCAGAAGACCAAACUACCCAACAGAAACCACAGAAGAAGAGUCGGUGAUCGAGGACGACGCAGAGCUCACGCUCCGCAAAGUAGAAGAGGAGAUGAUCGAGGAGGCUGAUGAUGAUGAGGAGGAGAACGUGAUGGACCUGGAGGCUCUGAAGUUACGAACCACUCACACCGAAGCAGAGCCGUCCUCCAAACCGGACGAGAUCCUGGAGUCGACGGUUGAUGCUGCAGAGUGGAACCUGGAGGUGGAGAGAGUCCUGCCACAGCUCAAAGUCACCAUCAGGACAGACAACAAGGACUGGAGGAUCCACGUUGACCAGAUGCAUCAACACCGAGACGGGAUCAAGUCCUCGCUCAAAGAGGCAAAGAGUUACCUGGACAAACUGCAGGAGGACAUCGGUAAGACUCUUGAGAAGGUGAGCAGCAGAGAGAAAUACAUCAACAACCAGCUGGAGCAUCUGAUCCAGGAGUACCGCAGCGCUCAGGCCAAACUCAGCGAGGCAAAGGAGCACUACCAGCAGGCCAGUGGAGGAGUGACUGAGAGGACCAGAGUCCUGGCAGAGAUCAGUGAAGAGCUGGACAAGGUGAAGCAGGAGAUGGAGGAGAAAGGCAGCAGCAUGUCUGACGGAGCUCCGGUGGUGAAGAUCAAGCAGAGUUUGACGAAGCUGAAGCAGGAGAUCGUUCAGAUGGACGUGAGGAUCGGCGUCGUCGAGCACACGCUGCUGCAGGCCAAACUCAAAGAGAAGUCCAACAUGACACGCGACAUGCACGCCACCAACCUCCCCGAGCCGGCCGCCGGGCCCUUCGCUUAGGUUGACCGCCACAAACAACAACCACCAGCAGCUGUCUCAUGUGUUUCUCUUGAUAUUGGUUCCUUAUCACUUCCAGAGAUUUCAGCUGGAACAGUUCAUCACUUUGACUCUUUGUCCUGAAUGUCACUUAUUUAUUUCUCAGCUACAUUUUUUAUUAAGAGUAUUUGGUGUCCUUCUUUGUGAAUAUGAACAUACAAUAAAUUUUUAUUCCAACAAUAA